AUGGCAACCACACACAAGCUUCGGAGCGUGUUCCCGCCAGGGGUGUCGAUACGCGACUUCGGGUACCCGGACACCCACCACUUCCACGCCGGCGACUACCGACUAUGGUACGACGGCGACGUCGUCCACGGCACUGACGCCGCCGACGACGACGCCAGCGACGGCGACGACGAUGGCGUUGCUGGUAGCGACGAUGCUUAUGAAGAAGCCGGGUCUGACGACGACGGUGACACGGCGACGCUGGACGAGAUCAACCGCCAGGCGAUCGCGCUCUUCCUGUUUACUCCGGAAAACGAUAACGAGAUGUUGCUUAAAGAAGGCCAGAUCAUCUGGAUCCUGUACCGCCACGGGCAAGGGUGGCUUGUCGCCGAGGACCCCGAGCUGGGGGAAACGGGGUUGGUCCCCGAAGAGUACGUGGAGAUCUGCUACGACCGCCAGGGGAUCAUCGAGGAUAUCCCGCGCCCGUUUUUGCCCAGCAUCCUCAACGGGUUCGAGCUGCCUCCCGACGCUGCUGUCGCCCAGAACGACGACGACGACGACGAUGAAGGCGAGUGGGUCGACACCGACUUUGAGGACGGCGACGACGACCACUUAGUCGAAGACGUCGCCAAGUUGCGCGUCAAAUAG